AUGAUUCUCGAUGACGAAGACAGCACUCAUGGAGGGACUCUCAUAAACAAUCACCCAGAUCUAAUGGGAAAGAUUAAAAAGCCAAACAUAGUCUACGACAUCUGGAGUCUCGGUAUAUGUCUCUUCGAACUACACGAAGGACAUCACCCCUUUGAGGCAACAAACGGUCAAUUCGAGCUGUCUUUGAAACACAAUACCUGGCUUCCAAAACUGAGUCGUCAAAACGAGUUGUCUACCAUUCUGUCCGACUUCUUGGAAAAAUCAAUGAACAGACAACAACAGGACUUGAUCACCCUGGACUUUAUCGGAAACCAUCCAUACAUCAAAAACUCGUUUGAAACUGAAAGUGCCGGAAGACAGUGGUUAUGUGAUAUCCUACGACAAUAA